AUGCCCGGUACUCCCUUUGGCGCCACCGGCUCGGCCCUGGCCAAGCUCCAGCUCGCUCUCAUUGUCGCUCCGUCCUUCAUCUUGUUUGGUUACAACCAGGCAGGUAUUGGUGGUCUUCUAUCAGAAGAGGAUUGGGUCAAGACAUUCCCCCAAAUCGAUACAGUCAACUAUACUGGCGCUACAAAGAGCAAACACAGCACCAUCCAGGGUGUUGUCGUUGCCGUCUUUGUUAUUGGUGCCCUUUUCGGUGCUCUGUCCUGCUCCUACACUGGUAACGCCUUUGGUCGCCGUAAUGUCAUUUGCGCUGGUGGUAUCUUUACCCUGAUCGGUUCCAUUCUCGAAGCAUCCUCCUUUGGUCUCGCUCAAUUCAUCGUCGGCCGCAUCAUUCUUGGCGGUGGUGUUGGCCAAUUGAGCUCCAUCGUCCCCGUCUGGCUUUCCGAGACGUCAAGCUCCGUCAACCGAGGUCGCCAGGUCGUCCUGACCGGCUUGUUUAUUUGUGUGGGAUAUGUCCUCGAGUCGUGGAUCAACUUGGGUUUCUAUGAGUUCAAGACUGGACCUGUGACCUGGCGCCCGCCGAUUGCCAUCUCCAUUGUUUUCUCCUUGAUCCUGAUUGGAUCCAUCUACUUCUUCCCCGAGUCUCCUCGAUGGCUCGUGCUGAAGAACCGUAGCGACCAGGCCCGCUCCGUUGUUGCCGCCCUCCGUGGUCUCCCAGAGGAUUCGGUCGAGGUCCAAGCCGAGGUCACUGGAAUUGAGUUCUCGCUCGAGGAGACUGCCGGAGCCUCCAUGAAAUUUACGGACAUGCUGAAGAUGGGCGAAGAGAAGCUACUAUACCGCUUCCUGCUUUGUCUCCUCCUUCAGUUCUAUCAGCAAAUGUCGGGCAGCAACCUCGUCAGCGUGUACGCCCCUAUCCUAUUUCAAAACAACCUUGGACUCGGGCAAGAGACAAGUAAGGCUUUGGCGGGUGGAGCGCUCACCUGGAAGAUGUUAUCUUCCUUCAUUGCCUUCUUCACUAUUGAUCGCCUGGGUCGCCGUGCUGUCUUCAUCAUUUCGGGAGUCGGCAUGUCUUGUUGCAUGAUGUCUCUGGCCAUUACAACGUCAUUCCCGACGUCCAACAAGGCCGCACAAAUCGCAGCUGGAUGCUUCAUCUAUCUGUAUAACACCUUUGUCCCCAUUGGCUUCUUGGGUGCCAACUUCCUGUAUUGCACAGAGAUUGCGCCUCUCAAGAUGCGUAUGGCCAUGAGCUCGAUUUCCACCGCCAACCACUGGCUCUGGAACUUUGUAGUUGCCCUCGUGACGCCCGUCGCCCUGGAUACGAUCGGAUGGCAGUAUUACAUCGUCUUUUGCGUGAUCGCCGCCAUGAUCCCUCUUUCGGUCUACUUCCUUUUCCCGGAAACCAUGGGCCGCAACCUUGAAGAGAUCGAUUUGAUGUUCAAGGAGUCGCCCUCACCCUGGGCAACCGUGCGUUUUGCAAAGACUCGUCCGGUAGCACUCCCUCAGGAGUUUGCCGAAAAGGGAGACGCAAAGUCGACUCAUCUCGAGUAG